UUGGAUCGGCCAGUUUAGAGUGAUCCGUCCGUCUAUCUGGUCGAACUAUCGAUUCGUCGUCCAGGAAGACGUGUAUUGCCCGUGUGAGGGAGCCGCAUCAUGCCGUAUCCACGUUAUUCCGGCAAUUCCGGUGGAGGACGAGGAUACUCCUCGGACAAUAUUAGCCCGUGGCAAUCCGGUUCGGGAGGCGAUGGUCUAUUGCCCACGCCUCGCGGGGGAUCCUCCUCGGGUGGGGGUGGUCAUGGGGACCUGAACCCCGUGGCCAAUAUCUUGGGCACGCUUCUGGGCGGCAGCCCCGGGGGCAGCACUUUGGCCAGUCUAGCAGGCCAGUUGGCCGUGGCGCAAGCGGCCGUCAUGAACCCGCCUUCGGGUUCGAAAAUGAUGGGCUCGUCGUCCAGCAGCUAUCAUCAAAGCGCGCCCUACUCCAGGGACCGCGAAUACCGGGGCUAUCGCAGGGGUGAGCGCUCGCCUCCGCGCAGUUCUCGCGGCUACAGGGGCAGUGGCCGCAACGUCCGGAGGAGUCGGAGUCGCUCGCCUCGUCCGCGGGAUCGACGGGCUUCGAAUUCUCGCGGCGGGGGCAGUGGUGGAGGGGGCGGUGCCGGAGCUCGUCGACCUCUUUCCUCCCGGCCCAAUAAACCCAGUCACACGAAUGCAACUUCAUCAUCAUCAUCGUCGUCGGCCUCUGGCGCCAAAGGCGGCGGUGGCGGCGCGACAUCCGGUGCUGCGGGAGCCUCCAGGGAGGAUGACCGCGAGAGGGCUGAGUUCGAGAUCUACAUCGGGAACUAUCCCAAGAGCUUCAAAGAGAACGACCUGAAGAACUUGUUCAAGGAAAACCAAAUUGAUGUGGGUACCGUCCGGAUGAAGAGCGAUGGAGUCAAAGCAUUUGCCUUUGCCGAAACCAAGAGCGCCGACGAGAUCAAAAAGGCCGUCAAAGCCAUGGAUUCCAUCGAGAUCCGAGGACGGCGUUUGCGCGUUCGAGCUGCUGGAGACAAAGAUCCCAAGCCAGAUCAAGGAGAUGCCAAGGGUAAAUCAUCCGAUGGCAAACCCGCCGAGAAAAUUGACACCAGCCACGUCUGGAAGCAUUUAGUUCACUCCUUCAACCUGUUUUUGGGCGAUCAGAUGGAAACGGGCACCCUUUCAGAUGAGAGCAAAGACAAACUGACGACCGUUCAAACCCAUCUCAAAGAAGUAUUCGAGUUGCCCGAGGACGACACACUCAAGAUCAGCCGCUCUUUGGACAUGAUCUUCAUGCAAAACAAUCGCCGAGAAAUCCCCAAGAAGCGGAAAGAUCUUCCAAAAGACAAAAAGGCGGGAGUGACCACGCCCAAAGAGACUGCCAACAAUCCAACUGAUCCUUCAGCUACAGAGGACGAAAAAAAGAGGAAAGCCGCAGAUUCAAAGGAAGAGAAUGGUGAAGGAGCCGAGAACCACGAGGAAGAUGAUGAGGAUGAUAGCGGCAAUUGGAAGAGAAGGAAGACGGGCAAACAAGAUCAAGAAGAGGAUGAUCCAAUGGAAUCCGAGCCAGAGAAGGAACCAGUUGAUGUCGCCGCGAUUCCAGCAGAAGAUCGCGCUAAUGAGAAGGUGGUGCAGGAAGAAGACGCAAUGGAUCAGGACGCUAGGGAAGAACCCCAAACCGCGAAUGGAGAGCCGGAGCCAGAAAAAGAAGAGAAGAAAGAAGUUGCCCAGGAAGAUGAGCCUGAACCUAAAGAAGAAUCCGUGCCUGAGGCUGUUGAAGAGAAUGAAGAAGCAGAGGUAGAGGAAGAAGAACACGAGAACGAAAAAGGAGAGGAUGAAAAUGAGAACGCCGCGGAGGAAGAUGGCGACGCUGAAGGGGAUGAAAUUGAAGCUGAAGCCGUGCCCGCCGCACCUAAAACUACUCCCAAGCCAGCCCGUGGUGGUGGACGUGGUGGUAGCCGCGGUCGUCGAUCCCGCGGUCGCCGUUCGACCUAAUAUUUUUUUGAAACACUAUGGAUGUCUCGAUUCCUUAAAUAAUAAAUGGAACCAACUUGGAAAAAUCGGAA